CAAGGACUAUGUCACGGCUUUUGUGAAAGGUUUUCUAGAACUUCCCAACUGCCUCAGUAAAUCAGGACUUGUCAUACCGACUGCUUUGCUGUCUGAACUCUUAACAUGAAGGGUCAGGAGCUACCCUGCAGGCCUGGUGCUGACGCAUGUGGGAACAGUGGGAGUGUCCCUCGUAGGGAAGUGGGGGAGGAGUGAAUAUUGUUUCUCUCUUCUCCCUCCCGUCCCACUGCUAUCGUCUGUGCUCAGAGCUCACAAGCACCGGAGGAUGGCGUUCCCAGAGAGGAUGCGCCCCUGUAUUAUCCCUGAGAAUGAAGAAAUCCCCCAGACAGCCCUUAGCAGUGCCCACCAGGUUAAUGGCAAUGAAGACGAGAGGGCUGAGUCCAAACUGCAGCGCAGGCAUAGUGACGUAAAAGUCUACAAGGAGUUUUGUGACUUUUAUGCGAAAUUCAACAUGGCCAACGCCCUUGCCAACGCCACCUGUGAGCGUUGCAGGGGUGGCUUUGCCCCUGCAGAGAAGAUCGUCAACAGCAAUGGCGAGCUGUACCAUGAGCAGUGCUUUGUGUGUGCGCAGUGCUUCCAGCAGUUCCCAGAAGGACUUUUCUAUGAGUUUGAAGGAAGAAAGUACUGUGAACAUGAUUUUCAGAUGCUCUUUGCUCCUUGCUGUCAUCAGUGUGGUGAAUUUAUCAUUGGCCGAGUUAUCAAAGCCAUGAACAAUAGCUGGCAUCCUGAGUGUUUCCGCUGUGACAUCUGCCAGGAAGUUCUGGCAGAUAUUGGGUUUGUCAAGAAUGCUGGAAGACAUCUGUGUCGCCCUUGUCAUAAUCGUGAGAAAGCCAGAGGCCUUGGAAAAUACAUCUGCCAGAAAUGCCAUGCCAUCAUUGAUGAACAACCUCUGAUUUUCAAGAAUGAUCCUUACCAUCCAGACCAUUUCAACUGUGCCAACUGCGGGAAGGAGUUGACUGCUGAUGCCCGGGAGCUGAAAGGAGAGCUGUAUUGCUUGCCCUGCCAUGAUAAAAUGGGGGUCCCAAUCUGUGGUGCCUGUCGCCGACCCAUUGAAGGGCGUGUGGUAAAUGCCAUGGGUAAGCAGUGGCAUGUGGAGCAUUUUGUUUGUGCCAAGUGUGAGAAACCAUUUCUUGGACAUCGCCAUUAUGAAAGAAAAGGCCUGGCAUAUUGUGAAACCCACUAUAAUCAGCUCUUUGGUGAUGUUUGCUUCCACUGCAACCGUGUGAUAGAAGGUGAUGUGGUUUCUGCUCUUAAUAAAGCCUGGUGUGUGAACUGUUUUGCCUGCUCUACGUGCAACACUAAAUUAACGCUCAAGAAUAAAUUUGUGGAGUUUGACAUGAAGCCAGUCUGUAAGAAGUGCUAUGAAAAAUUUCCAUUGGAGCUGAAGAAGAGACUUAAGAAACUAGCUGAGACCUUAGGAAGGAAAUAACUCCCUUUGUUUUAUUUUUUAUUUUCUAUGCAAAAUAAGAGAUUACCAAUAUAAAAUAAGAGAUUAUCAUUUGAUUUGAUCCACUCAAAUUUUUAAAGCUCUAUCUCAAAAUAGUUGAGAGUGAAGGGGACCAUUACAUGGUUUUACCUCCUUUUUCUCAUUGAAAAGGAGAUUGUAUAAUCAAAUUUAAAAUACAGAAAAAAUCAAGAUAUAGCUCUUAAUAACCCUUAUCAAUUUGUUAACAUGUAGACUAUACUUUGUAACAAAAAACAUAUGCUAAUUUUUAAUCAAAGUCCAAAAGAUGACAUGUAACUUUUAAAAUGAAAAUAAGGUAAGGACUCACUUUUACUUGACUCAGAUACAGACUUAGAAACAUUAUUUUACUAUGUAUCAAAAGAAAAUUCUAGUUAUUGUAGAAGGUAUAGGGAAGAAACAUAACCACCAAGAAAAACAAAUCUUAAGAGAAUCUUAUGCUUAUCAAACUAAUAGUUGUUUGUAAUGCAUUUACUAAAACAAACAAGUAUAUUCAAAAGUACUUGAUUUUGUGUUUUUGUCUUAAAUGCAAUAGUUACUAUUCUUAGUUUUAUAUUUUGUUGUGAACUUUUUCCUUUGUAUAAUUACUUAACAUAGUAGUUAGUACUUGCUAAUAGUAUGCCUUUAUAAACUUUGUGCAAAAAAAUUUAUACUACAUAUUUGAAAAUACAAUAUACUUUACAAAUUGGAAAGUGAAGUAUUCUUUAAUGUGUUACAGCAAUUAUGUUUCUAGGUUUAAGAUCAAGAUGUAGUCUUAGGCUAGGAUAUGGAAUUAAAACUUAUGUAACUUGGAAUGUAUCAUUUUCAAACAAUGAAUGUACAUGUAUUGGUCAUAUUGCCUUUAUAACCAUGCUAAUAUCUAUAUGCUUUAUAAUUAGUUUGCCUUGCCUUAGAAAAGCAUAUACUUUAAUCAGGUAUUUUAACUGUUUCAUGCAAUACCAUCUAAAAAUAAGUGCAUUAAUUGAGAUUUCUAAGUCCAAAUUUCUUUCAGUUAUGGUUAUAUUUUUUAAACGUUUUUUUUCCUAUUGCUUUGAAAUUUAAUUCUAUAAUCUUAAAAGAGAAUGAUGUUAUGUUUUUUCAUUUCAAAUCUUAUAAUUUAUAAUUAGAUUUUUAUUCACUACUGGUAGGAGGUAUAAAUGACACUUUUAAAUUGUAAAAGGGAUACUUAAGUAUCAAUUUUAGGUCCAAAGUAGAGCAUUAUUCUACUUUAUAAAAAAUUUUAUCCUGAAGUGCUGGCCCAUUCUGUCUCUAUAACUUAAGUACAAAGCAAAUGUAAACAUUUAUAUAAUGUUGCUACUGCUUUGUUUAAAAGAAAUUGCCAAGAUACACUUCUUAGGGGGAGAUUAUUACUCCAAAAAUUGUUGAAAUAGUUUUAUCAUUAAAAAUAAUCUCAGGAUGCUAUCACUCUGCCAUUAAAAUAUCUGUAUGCAUGUAUUUUUUAAAUGUUUAUGCCUAUACUUUACAGAGUAAACUAUUUUGGCUUUCAGAUAACUUAUAACCAAUAAUUUUUAGUGUUCUUUUAGAGUUGAAAUAAUUAUAAACAAAAAUUAAUCAGUAUAUACAGUUUAAGGCUGUAUGUACUCAGAAGUUUAAAAUAGUCUUUGCCUUUAACAGUAAGAAUCAAAAUCCUUCAUUGUGCCUUUGUGAGCUAAGAUAUGACCAAUGAAGACUUUAAAAGUUUUUAUGAAAUAUUUCCUAUAAAUACAGGCAAAGUAGUACAAUAUUUGCAAUAUAGGGUCUUGAUGCUUAAUUCCCACAUCUCCAACAACAGAAAUACAGAACAGUAAAGCAGCCAUGUGCUGACUUAGAUUCUUAACGACUUUGAAGAUGCAUGAACUGAACGCCACUGGUUUUCUUAUAUCUUAGAUAUCCAGGCUCUCAAGCCAAGAGCCACUGCUCUCUUUUCUCACUUCUCAAAAUAUGAAAUUUCCUGGGAGUUCAGUUCUCAAAACUUACAGUACUUUAUCUAGAUAUACAGUACUUUCUUCCUUCAUUAAGGUAUAAUUGGAAUCCUUACAUGUAUGAAAGGAAAAGUAAAUUGAAAUAUUUAAGUAAGAUAGAAAACAAACUUGGUUUAGUUCAUAUUUUUCAUGAGGCUUUCCUUGGUGUGGAAAAACUCAGAAUAAGCAUCUCUUUGACUAAAUAUCCUGUAAGGCAAUUUGAAAUUAUGCAUUGUUCUUAUGGAAUUUCUAAGUGCACUUUUUCUUACCAAGCAUAAUGUAAUUGGAGCAAUGUCUAGGUACAAAUAAAAAACAUUAUUUGAAUAUAUUGAGUCUUUUUAAUAUUGUACCUGAAAUUAUAGAUCAUUUUGCCUCACUUAUUUGCCAAAAUAGCCAUUUCUUAGUUUAAGAAAUUUUGAAGUAGGCUUACAGCAUUCUUGUAUUUCAUCUUAGAUUGUAAGCUCAAUGGCAGGGACACUAUACUAGUAAUUAUGUUUUUACAAAGCAACCACUGCAGUAUACUCUUGGUGCUUAAUAAAUGUUCAUAAGUAUUAA